AUGCCCGUCGUCAGCCCUCAGCAGCUGGCCAACCUCCAGCAACACGCAGAUAAUGUCCGCAAUAUAUGUAUUCUUGCCCACGUCGAUCAUGGCAAGACAUCGCUCACCGACGCCCUCCUCGCCACCAAUGGCAUCAUCUCACCAAGGCUUGCGGGCAAGGUCCGUUACCUCGACUCCCGGCCGGAUGAGCAGCAGCGGGGCAUUACCAUGGAGUCCUCAGCCAUAUCUCUUUACUUCAGCAUGUUGAGGAGGUCAAGCCCAGACGCAGCACCAGAAGCGAAGGAGUAUCUCAUCAACCUGAUCGACUCACCAGGACACAUCGACUUCAGCAGCGAAGUGUCGACAGCAUCACGGCUGUGCGACGGGGCUGUGGUUCUGGUUGAUGCGGUGGAAGGUGUUUGCAGUCAGACUGUCACCGUUCUGCGACAGACCUGGGAAGAGAAACUCAAGCCCCUCCUAGUCAUCAACAAGAUGGACAGACUUAUCACUGAACUGAAAAUGACACCAGGCGAGGCAUACGUGCAUCUGAGCAAGCUUCUUGAGCAGGUCAAUGCAGUCCUCGGCAGCUUCUUUCAGGGUGAACGUAUGGAAGAGGACCUCAACUGGCGAGAGAGGAUCGAGGAGAGGGUCAAAGCCGCAGCUGCCAAGGAGGCCCAGCUGGUCGAUCAGCAGACCGAAUCCGGCGAGCUGCAAUUCGAAGAGCGAGACGAUGAAGACCUUUACUUUGCGCCUGAGAAGAACAACGUUAUAUUUGGCAGUGCCAUCGAUGGCUGGGCCUUUACUGUCCGACAAUUUGCAUCAUUAUACGAGAAGAAAUUGGGCAUCAAACGAAGCAGUCUGGAGAAAGUACUGUGGGGAAACUUUUAUCUGGAUCCCAAGACCAAAAAGGUCCUGGGCCAGAAGCACUUGAAGGGCCGGAAUCUGAAACCUCUGUUUGUGCAGCUUGUCUUGGAACAGGUCUGGGCGGUAUACACGGCAACCAUCGGCGGCGACAACGGAAAAGGAGACACAGUCAUGCUGGAAAAGAUCAUCAAGUCUCUCAACAUCACGAUACCACGGCAUAUACUGAACUCUCGAGACCCUCGCACCUUACUCACCACAGUCUUUUCGUCUUGGUUACCACUGUCAGUCGCUCUGUUGGUCUCCGUGGUUGAGUCAUUGCCAUCGCCUCGGACCGCACAGGGAGAUAGGCUACCAGAGCUUCUUGACGACUCGCCCGGCGGAGAGUACAUUGCUCCCGAGGUCCGCGACGCAAUGGUCAAUUUCAAGCAUUCGAAGACCGACCCUGUGGUUGUGUACGUCAGCAAGAUGGUCUCCAUUCCUGAGAGCGAGCUGCCGCACAAUAAGCGCCGGGGUCAGCUCAGUCCAGAAGAGGCAAGAGAGAUGGCACGAAAGAAACGAGCAGAGGCUGCGCGUGCACAGGCCGCCAUUGAACAUCGUGAUCCCAUGGAUCACCUUGCUCAGGCGCUUGACAGUGCUACCCUGUACGAAGAUGAGCCUACGCCUGAAGAGCAGAAAGUUGAUCCCGAGCAUCUGAUCGGGUUUGCACGCAUCUACUCGGGUGUGCUGUCUAUUGGUGACGAGAUCUACGUUCUCCCACCCAAAUUCUCCCCCGCGAACCCACAACAUCAACCAAUUCCGAAAAAGGUCACCGUCUCGGCUCUGUACAUGCUCAUGGGGCGAAGUCUCGAGAGUCUCGACAGCGUUCCCGCAGGUGUUGUUUUUGGCAUCGGUGGUCUUGAAGGCUCCGGCAUCCUCAAGACCGGAACUCUUUGCUCACAGCUGGAGGGUGCUGUCAACCUUGCAGGUGUGGGAAGCUUGGGCGGGCGGCCCAUCGUCAGGGUUGCGCUGGAGCCAGCCAACCCUGCCGACCUUGACAAGAUGAUUGAGGGCCUGAAGCUGCUAGUUCAGGCCGAUGCCUGUGCUGAGUACGAGCAAUUCUCCAGUGGCGAGCACGUGCUGCUGACUGCCGGUGAGUUGCACCUGGAAAGAUGUCUAACAGACCUACGUGAGCGGUUCGCGCGGUGUGAGAUCCAGGCUGGUGAGGCGAUCGUACCAUACAAAGAGACCAUCGUGCGGGCAGAAGAAAUGAAACCACCAGCGAACAAGGACUUGGGCAGAGGUGCCGUUGUUGGUGUCACAAGCUCCAAGCAGGUCACCCUGACGCUGCGCGUGCGGCCUCUCCCAGCUGAAGUCACUGACUUUUUGGAGAAAAAUGCCGGUGCCAUUAAGCAUUUGAACACCAAAAAGGCGAGCUCGAAUGGCACGAACCACACCAAUGCCAGUACGGAGACCGACGACGAAAGCGAUGACGAGAGCCUCGAUGAGGACAUUAAUGUCUCGGCGGCCAAAUGCCUUUCCCCAGAGGACUUCAAGGCGCAACUCAAGACCGUCCUAGAGACGGGCAAGGGCAGAGACCCGUUCAGGAACAUUGUCGAUAAUAUCUCCGACUUUGGUCCCCGCCGUGUAGGUGCCAAUCUGCUCAUCGACGCCACCCGGGAGGGUUGUCUGGCCAAGGCCUUUGAGACGGACAAGCGCGACGACGUCAAGCCCGAGGCCCAUGAGAAACUAGCUGGCCAUCAUCUAUCCGACAAGAUCAAGUACGGGUUCCAGCUCGCAACAUCACAGGGCCCACUCUGUCGCGAGCCUGUGCAGGGCAUUGCUGUGUUCAUCGAGGACAUAUCGAUCACGACGCAGGAGGAGGAGGCUCUAGCGGGAGAGAAUACCGGCCGCCUGACGGGCGAGGUUAUCAAGACGGCGCAGCAGUCCAUCCACAAGGGCUUCCUUGACUGGUCGCCCCGGUUGAUGCUGGCCAUGUACUCGUGCGAGAUCCAAGCGAGCAGCCGCGUGUACGACGUGCUCACCCGGCGGCGCGGACACGUCCUAUCCGAAGCCAUGAAAGAAGGAACCCCCUUCUUCACCAUCCAGUCGGUUGUGCCAGUCGCCGAGUCGUUUGGCUUCGCAGAUGAGAUGCGUAAGCGGACAUCGGGGGCAGCGCAGCCGCAGCUGAUCUUCGCAGGCUUCGAGAUCCUAGACGAAGAUCCGUUCUGGGUGCCGUUCACGGAGGAGGAGAUGGAGGAUCUUGGAGAAUUUGGCGACAAGGAGAAUGUUGCGAAGCGGUAUAUGGACAAGGUCCGGAAGAAGAAGGGGAUGUUGGUCGAGGGGCGGACGGUUGCUGUGAAUGCUGAGAAGCAGAAGACCUUGAAGAGGUAG